GCUCCACUCCAGAAUGAAGAGGUAAACAUGUCUCCAGCGUGUCUCCUGAAGUGAUUGUUUCUCCUCAUCUCCUCCCAGCAUGUCUUCCUAACAGAUUUCAGUUGUGAAGACCUCGCCUCGCCUGCUGUCAGCAUGGACGCAGACGCUUUGAGACAGUUAGCGAAGCUCUGUCAGGAGGGAAACCUGUCGUCUCUGGAGCAGCAGCUGACAUCGGGCGGCCCGGAGGCGGUGCACGCUGCCCGGUGUAAACACUACGGCCGCUCCGGGGACACGCUGCUGCACUACGCCUGCAGACACGGACACCGGGACGUGGUGGAGUUCCUCAUCCGCACGGUGGGCAUGGACGUGGAGGUGUACAACAACGACUACAAGAGGCCGCUGCACGAGGCGGCGUCCAUGAGCCGCGGGGAGUGUGUGAGCUACCUGCUGGCGGAGGGAGCCAAGGUGGACAGCCUGAAGAAGGCAGACUGGACUCCCCUGAUGAUGGCGUGCACGCGCCGGGACCUGCCAGUGAUCCAGGAGCUGCUGCAGCACCGAGCCGACCCCGCGCUGGCCAACAAGGACGGCUGGAACUGCUUCCACGUGGCCUGCAGGGAGGGCGACCCCCUGGUGGUGCGGCACCUGCUGCUGGUCGCUCCGGACGUCUGGAGGACGGAGAGCAAGACGCGCAGGACGCCGCUGCACACGGCAGCGAUGCACGGCUGUGAGGAGGUGGUGAGCGUCUUGCUGGAGAGAUGUGGCUACAGUCCAGACAGCAGGGACAGCUGUGGAGUCACCCCCUUCAUGGACGCCGUCCGGAACGGACACGUCUCAUUGGCCAGGCUGCUCUUAGAGAAGCACCAGGCUUCCCCCACCGCGGCGGACAUUCUGGGCGCUCAGCCGGUGCACCAGGUGGCCGUCACAGGCCAGGAGGAGGCGCUGCGCUUCCUGGUGCAGGAGCUGCAUGUAGACGUCAACCAGAGAGCAACAAGUAUCCAGCUGGCCGCUCUGCACUACGCUGCAAAGGAGGGUCACACGUCCAUGCUGAACACUCUGCUGGAGCUGGGCGCCGACCUUCACGCCCGAGACAGGAAGGGAAGAACAGCUCUUCACAUGGCGUCCAUUGGGCAGCACGCCGAGGCCGUGCGGACGCUGCUGCGGCUCGGCCUGGCAGACUGUGAGGACGCGUCGGGGACGACGGCGCGGCAGCUCGCCGUGAAGCCGCACGUCGUGCGAGUGUUUGAAGAACCGCACUGUUAGCCACAGAAGAGAAGCAGCUGAUGAUCGAUCGGAGGACGAUUGGAUUGGGUCACAAUAAAACUUUGACAUCCUGGGUUGUGUCUGCUGAGUG